GUGACGGGCGUUGGGGGCGGCCCCUCCCUCCUCACCUCAGCCCUGUCCCUCAGCGGGAAGAGCGGGCUCCCGCUCGGGAGGCUCAGCAGUCGGACUGCCCGCUGUAUUUAAGCGUGUAUUUCUGUCUGGAAUCAGCAGUUUAAUUUUUUUUCCUUCUGAGGUCAGCGCUGAGAUAUCAAAUUCAAAUCAACAAUCCGGUGUCAGACAGAAAAAUGACUUUUGAAGGCCACCGUCCUGGGCUUUUCUAAUCUGCAUGCAGUACUUGGCAUGACUGCUCUAGAACUACCGCCUAUACACUGCUCUUAAGAUUUUGGUCACGUCAGAGUAACUGGAAAAAAAUAACCCCCUUGCAAAAGUAACCCCCUUCCCUCAUCUGGGACAAAUAAAAAUUAAAAUUAGAGGAGUUUUUUAAUCAUCGUUGCACUAAACAUUGAUGAAGAAGAUUUUGUGCCUGGCAAUUUUUCACGACAGCGGCACGAGGCUGAUUUAAAGUGCUGAGAGUCAGGUCACAUCCAGUCCAUUUAAAACCGAGUAGCUUUAAAAGGAGCAUAAAAAUCACUCAGCAUGCUGACUCAUCCAUUAUGGCAACUUAAAUGUUAAAACUGCUGAUACUUAUCUCCAUUGUGAGCCAAACCGGAUUCCAUCAGAGGUGAAUUUAUUGGAACUGGGUUUCUAUUUACACUUGUGCAAUGAAUUCGAUUUGCAAUUAACUCUUUUUAAUCUGUCACUAGAUUAGUUUAAACAGCAAUUCAGUUCUAAUUCCUGUAGAAUGUAACAAGAAUCAAAAUCUGAUCUUUUUAAGAUUACUAUGGCCACAGGACUUCCAUAAAAGCAUGUUUAGUUUACAGUUUUCACUGCAAGAACACAUAGAUUGCACUUUGAAAUAAAAGAUCGUUCAUACAGGUUGCUAAAUGUGAGUAAGGAGCUUGUGGGGCAUUAUCAAGGCUACACACACUCUUUGUUCCCACUUCACCAACAUGCAGGACUUACCUCCUCUAUCUGCAAGAUACCCAUUCUUUCCUACCAUUUUUGCAGACCUGGAGAACAGCUGUGGAGAGCUACUGAGGAGUACAUUUAUUACUGGCUGGCCCAACUGAUCCAUGCACUGCUAAUGUGCCACUGCCUGCUAAUUGAAUCUCAGCAGAAAGGAGCAAAUAGCCAUGACCUAAUCCCUUUUAACACCAGGCAGAAGUAUCUGUGUAGCCCAAGCAUCUCGCUGGCAUGACCAACAGGCAACAGAUGUCUGCACUUCUUGGUUUUGCCACCUUAAUUCCUAUGAAAAGGAGUCAAAAGUCAUUUGGAUCUGAAGCAGGAGCAGAAGGAAGAACUCAAAUCCAUCUGGAGGACUCCUCAGCCUUUUGUGUGAACAAGCUGCAGGGUCUGACACGGCUAAUGGCUGAUCGGGUGCUUGUGAUCGGCAGUGGAGGGAGAGAGCAUGCGCUGGCCUGGAAGCUGGCCCAGUCCCCACAUGUAAAACAAGUGUUUGUUGCUCCAGGAAAUGCAGGAACAGCUGACAAUGGAAAAAUUUCCAAUUCAGCUGUAUUAGUGAGCAAUCACACUAUUGUUACCCAGUUCUGCAAAGAUCAUAAUAUUGGACUUGUGCUAGUUGGACAAGAAGCUCUUCUGGCAGCUGGGAUUGUCGAUGACUUGCGAGCAGCUGGAGUUAGGUGUUUUGGACCAUCUGCAAAAGCAGCCCAGCUAGCAUCCAACACCAGCUUUGCCAAAGCCUUUCUGGAUCGACACGGGAUCCCAACAGCAAGAUGGAAAGCCUUUACCAAUCCCCAGGAAGCUUGUAGGUUUAUUAUCAGCACAGACUUUCCUGCACGAGUUGUACGGGCGAGGGGCCCUGCGGCUAGAAAAGAAGUGACUAUUGCAGCCAGCAAGGAGGAAGCCUGCAGAGCUGUCCAAGAGAUUAUGCAGGACAGGAUGUUUGGAGAGAUGGUUGUCAUUGAAGAACUUCUUCAAGGGGAAGAACUUUCUUGCCUGUGCUUCACGGAUGGUGUCACUGUUGCCUCAAUGCCUCCAGCCCAGGCCCACAAACGAUUAUUGGAUGGCGACCAGGGCCCAAACACUGGAGGGAUGGGAGCCUACUGCCCAGUUCCUCAGGUUCCAGAAGUUCUUCUAGAGAAAAUCAAUGAUGCUAUCCUUCAACAUGUUGUUGAUAGUAUGAGACAAGAAGGAGCAGCAUACGUAGGUGUGCUGCAGACGGGGUUAAUGCUUACCAAAGAUGGUGUGAAAAUUUUAAACUUUAAAUGUCAGUUUGGUGACCCUCAGUGCCAGGUAAUUCUUCCACUGCUUAAAAAUGAUUUUUAUGAAGUGAUUCAAGCAACAAUUGAUGGCAAACUCUGCAGCUUCAUGCCAGCCUGGUCAGAAAACAGUACAGCUGUGUGUGUGGUCAUGGCAAGUCCAGGAUACCCAGGAGACUAUGACAAAGGCAUGGAAGUAACAGGGCUGCUUCAAGCCAAAGAGUUAGGGCUGCAGGUGUUCCAUGCUGGCACAACGCUGAAGGACGGCAGAGUGGUUACAAGUGGUGGCAGAGUCCUCUCCAUUACCGCUGUUAAGGAGGAUCUGAUGAAGGCACUGGGAGAAGCCAACAGGGGAGUAGCAGCCAUUCGUUUCAAGGGUGCCACUUACAGGAAGGACAUUGGCCAUCGGGGUAUACGGCUUCUCAAACAGUCUCUGGGUCUGAUAUACAAAGAGAGAUGUGUGGAAGCUGUAACCAAUGAUGUUUUGUUUCAUCAGCCAAAAAGAUCAAUUGUAAGUGGUACCAGAUCAGGCAGUCAUUCAGAAAUAAGAGGCUUUGCUGGUUUCUUUGACUUAAAGGCAUCUGGUUAUGAUGAUCCCAUCUUGGUAUCUCAAACUAAAGGCCUUGGAUCUAAACUGCAGGUUGCACAAGCAUGUAAGAGACAUGACACCAUAGGGCAGGACUUGGUUGCCGUGUGUGUCAAUGACAUCCUGGCUCAAGGAGCAGAGCCCCUCUUCUUCCUCACCUAUUUUGCCUAUGGCAAACUUGAUGUCGAUGUGACUCAAACAAUCAAAGAAGGAAUAGCUGAAGCAUGCAGAAAUGCAGGAUGUGCUUUCCUAGGCAGGGAGAUGGCUGAGGUGACUGGCAUGUAUUCUUCUGGAGAGUAUGACCUGGCUGGCUUUGUGGUUGGUGCAGUGGAGCGAGGGCAGAUGCUUUUGGGGCUGCAGAGGGCUGAUGAGGAAGAUGUAUUUAUUGGACUGGCCUCUUCUGGGAUUUAUGGCCGUGGCUUUAGCAUCAUAAGGAAGAUACUCUUAAUGUCCUCCUUACACUACUCCUCCCCAGCGCCCGGCAGCUGUGGUGACAAGACUCUAGGAGAUAUAUUGCUGACCCCAGCAAAACUGUACAGUCCGUCUUUGCUGCCUGUUCUUCGCUCAGGGCACGUGAAGGCUUUUGCCUUUAUUGCUGAGGAAGGGUUGCUGGAAGGCAUCUCCAGAGUCCUGCCAGAACAUGUCAGUGCUGUCCUGGAUGCACUUAGUUGGAAGAUUCCUGAAAUCUUCUGCUGGCUUUACAAAGAGGGAAACCUCUCUGAGGAGGAGAUGGCUUGGACAUUUAAUUGCGGGAUUGGUGCGGUCUUGGUUGUGCAGAAGGAGCUGGCCCAGCAUGUUCUCAAGGAUGUACAGAGACAUGAGGAAGCUUGGCUGAUUGGGGAAGUUGUUGCCCCUUGUCACACAGGAGGUUCUCACAUCAAAGUCAAGAAUCUUCUUGAAGCUCUGAAGCUCAGCAGCCCCCAGCACCUGCUGAAUAAUGCUGUUGUAGAAAGUCAACACCAGCCCAGAAGGAACAAAGUUAAAGUAGCUGUUCUCGUCUCUGGAACAGGCACAAAUCUUGCUGCGCUCAUCAGUUAUGCAAAAGAACCAGGCAGUUGCGCUCAAGUUGUGCUUGUCAUCUCCAACAAGUCCGGUGUGGAGGAGCUACGAAAUGCAGCCCGUGCUGGGAUUCCCACCAGGGUGAUUGAUCAUAAGUUAUAUGGGAGUCGCUCUGAGUUUGACAGCACAAUUGACCAAGUUCUUGAAGAAUUUGCUGUUGAACUGAUAUGUCUUUCAGGAUUUAUGAGAAUUCUGUCCAGUCCUUUUCUCAGAAAAUGGAAAGGGAAAAUUCUGAAUGCUUCCCCAUCGCUUUUCCCAGCAAUCAAGGGUGGAAAUGUCCAUCAGCAAUCCCUGCAAACUGGAUUCAAAGUCACAGGCUGCACUGUGCAUUUUGUCCUGGAGGAGUCUUGCCCCAAAGCAGUGAUCCACCAGGAGCCGGUAUCCGUGAAGGCAGAUGACACCGAGGAGACGCUGUCGGAGAGGGUUAAAGAAGCCGAGUGUCGGGCUUUUCCCAUCGCCCUGCAGCUGGUGGCCAGCGGAGCAGUGCAGCUAGGAGCUGACGGUAAAACCUGCUGGAAACAAGAGGGACAAAGUCUGUGCCUUCAAGGGGAGAAGAGUGACUGCGCUUCCUCUCCCGUGAUGCUGGAGCCACAGGAAAAUGACGUGGUGUAGGCAGGCUGAUGGGCGGCUUGCUCUCCGCUCGCCUGUCCUUCCUCCUUCCUUCCCUUGACGCGCUUGGCUUGGCCUGCAGGCAUAUCGCUGUUGUGAGUUUCCAUUCUGAGCCACGAUCUCUUUCCCCUUAGCUUGCAGCCUUAGUUAUGCCUUUUGCAAAAUUGGCUGUGGGAGCCAAACUCAUUUCAGAUCUCGAAUUUCUUUGGUUUUCCUCUGCAAAGGAGAUACUGUGCUACAAAGCAAAGAGGGGGCUUAACCUGUGGAAGUGGGCUAGUGCUUCAGAGGGAAAUUAAUUCUUCUAAGGGAUUAAUUUUUGUUGGCUGCAUCACAUUGCAGAGCACGAAGAGCUUCACGAAGGAACCACAGCAUGGUGACCAGCUCCUUGGAUGGAGGAGGCCAGAUGUGUUGGGGCAGAUCAGAAGUGGGCCCCCGCCUGGCUCGGUGUGUGCGGGGUGGCCAAGCCUUAGGAAUGAAGGCGUAGUUCUGUGGGAGGGGCGUUUAUUCGUGUUUUCAAGCUACACUGGGCCAAUUUCACCAACAGGGUGUGAGAGUAAUGUGGAGUAUGUGAUUCUUAGUAAUUCAGCCCUCAAUGUGUUUUAACUCCUGUGGAUGGACAAAUUUCAAAACUGCUGCUACCAGCUCUUUGAUCUGGUGUUGUGCUUUUAAGCAGGCAAAAGUGGGCAGGGAAAUUAGUGUUGAAGCAAAACCCUUUUGUGGGCCCUUUUAACAAACAGAGAUGUCUAGUGAGCUGCCAGCAAGGCAGGGAACUUUUCUGAAGGCAAAACAAAAUGAAACAAGCUGCCCUUCAUGGAUUAUUUGUCAAUACAAAAUAAUAGUGCACAUUGAACAUAACUUUAGGCACUUUGCCUUGUUCCUUGAAAGGGGGAGCAGACAGACAUUCCCAGAAUUUCAUAUUAAAACAUUUGGAUCUUGAGGGGUGGAAAAUUGGUUAGAGGGAGUAGAAAUAAUUACCAGAUUUCAGACAGUUUUCUUCCUCCGUCUGUGAAACCCGCGGGAUAUCCACAGCUUGACUUGCCGUGGCAGGAAAAUCUUGAGUUUUUCUUUCUGCUGACUUAAUGAUUGGCUUGGCCCAAAGAGUCACUGCUGUUAAAUAAAACGUUUUUCUGUGGGAAGCUUUAUAUCUCUCUGCCAGGAUAAUAACUUUCAUGCAAAGUAACGUAAAUGAGAGGAGGAAAUCUAGCUAAGAAAUUACUUGAACAAACUAGAAAAUAAGUAGCCAGAGCUGAACUUCCAGGGGAGGGAUCACUAACAGCCAUCAGAUGCAGUGAAAAACAACAACAAAAAAGCAUUGUUUUGGAAUUACAUGUACUGUACGAGUAAGGGACAUACUGUACAACUGGCUCUUGGCCAUGUCAGGCUGUUUGAGAGCAUGAGUCAGCUCCAUUUAAAACAUCUGAAGUAUUUACUUAUUUAAUGUGUAGCUUGCACUGUUUCAGUGCAGGGUGGAAGGGGAAGGAAGGGGAAUUCAGCUUCUUGCCUGCAAGCUCUGCCAUUUCUGUACAGAAAUCUGUAUUUGGCUUUUGCACUCCAACAAUGGGAGCAAGGAAAGUGUAUUUUCAUGAUCUAGGAGGAAUAGGAAGAACUAUAACAAGGAGAGAUUAACAAAUGUUUGGUAUUUGUAGUUAAUAUUUAUGAUAAACAUGCUGCUUAUUUUGCUCUUGGCCUGUUACAACCGUGUUGUAACUUAAUGUUGUAUAUUAACUUAAUGUUGUAUACUGUUUGGCUUGCAUACCAAGCAUGAGUGAUGUUUCAAAACCUAACUAAUAAACUG